AAUAGCUCAAUAACACGACUCCACCCAACUCUGCGAGGAACUCGCAGAUAGUACUUGACGCAAACAUGGCGUUUGCAUCGCCUCUGUAAAGUACAACUUGGAUAUUUCACUGGGACUUUUAAAUCAUGGAAACAACUUUUAGUAACUUAUUGAUGCAGCUGUAGAAUCAGGAAUUAGGGAAAACAGCCAAUUAACACACAGCAGUAAUGGCAGCAUAAUUUAUCAUCAGGUCUAACAGGACGUUAGCCAGGCACGUUCUGGCAAACUCUGCCGAGGCAGGGAAUACACUGCCUGUGAAGCUAAGUUCUAAAGUGUUCUGGAUAGUGAAGUGGAAGUCUUGUCGAUCGCAAAGAACCGGAGAGGAAAAAGGUUAUUUUCGCUAGUGCGGUAACUGAUCUGGACGCGGAAGAUGGCCCAAUCGCCGGUGGCCGUGCAGGUUCCAGGGAUGCAGAACACACGAAUAGACCCAGAGGAGCUCUUCACCAAGCUGGAGCGCAUCGGUAAGGGCUCCUUCGGCGAGGUGUUCAAGGGCAUCGACCACCGCUCGCAGAACGUGGUGGCCAUCAAGACCAUCGACCUGGAGGAGGCGGAGGACGAGAUCGAGGACAUCCAGCAGGAGAUCACUGUGCUCAGCCAGUGCGACAGCCCCUACGUCACCAAGUACUAUGGCUCCUACCUGAAGGGAAGCAAGCUGUGGAUUAUCAUGGAGUACCUGGGUGGAGGUUCUGCUCUGGACCUGCUGCGUGCUGGCCCUUUUGAUGAGUUCCAGAUCGCCACCAUGCUAAAGGAGAUUCUGAAGGGACUAGACUAUCUUCACUCUGAGAAGAAAAUCCACAGAGAUAUCAAAGCGGCGAAUGUGCUGCUCUCGGAGCAGGGGGAGGUGAAGCUGGCGGACUUUGGCGUUGCCGGGCAGCUGACUGACACUCAAAUAAAGAGAGAGACCUUCGUGGGAACCCCCUUCUGGAUGGCCCCCGAGGUUAUACAGCAGUCUGCAUACGACUCCAAGGCAGAUAUCUGGUCCCUCGGCAUCACCGCCAUCGAGUUGGCCAAGGGGGAACCUCCCAACUCUGACAUGCACCCCAUGAGAGUCCUGUUUCUCAUUCCCAAAAACAACCCCCCCACCUUGAAUGGUGAAUUCAGCAAGAGCUUCAAGGAGUUUGUGGACUCCUGUUUGAAUAAAGACCCCACCUUUAGGCCCACAGCGAGAGAGUUGCUGAAGCACAAGUUCAUCGUGAAAAACGCCAAGAAGACGUCGUACCUGACGGAGCUCAUCGACAGACUGAAGCGCUGGAAGGCAGAGGGACACAGCGACGAUGACUCCAGCGAUGACUCGGACUCAGAGUCCAGUAACAAAGAGAAUGACUCGUCGCCAGAAUGGUCUUUCACUACUGUCCGCAAGAAGAAGCCUGACGGCAAGAAGGUGACGAAUGGAACGGAUCAAGAUCUCCUGAAGAAGUCCAGCAGCCUGUCCAGUGUGAUCUCACCUGCUUUUAUGGAGCUGAAGCUCCAACACCGGGGCAGUGAGCAGAAGCACGGCUCCAUCGACGAGCUGGAGACCAGCAUCCGCCAGGCCGAGGACCUCUGUCCCGGCAUCACUGACCACAUGAUCAACCACAUCGUCCACACCUUCAAGAGGUUUCAAACAAAUUAAGGGGAGCAGGCAGCAGAGACACCCUUCACCACACACUGAACAGAGGAACUUACCCGUGUCUUCAGAACAUCGUCCCCAACAGGAAUAAAAGCACAUUUUAGAAUUUUUGUUGAAAUAUACAUCUUGAAGUUCUUUUAUUAGCCUCUGUUAAGUUGAGAAGCUUAUAAGAGCAUUCAAACGAAUUUUUAUUAUUAUUAUUAUUAUUAUUAUGGUAAUUGGUUCCAAGUUGAAAAUUAUACUGUGUGUUAAAGUUCAAACACUGAUCUUCUGCUGAGCAUAAGACACUCUGUUCAGACAUGUAUUUUAUAUUUAAGCUUAUUACUCUUACUUCACUGCUAUAGGAUAUAUUUAAGUGUAGAGUUGUAACAAUCUGUGGAUUUGGAGGCCAGACUUGCCACCUCGUGGUGGGUCUCCUAUUGUAAGACAUAGCCUGUAGAGGAUUACACAACCUGCUGUACAAAAAGGAAAUUAUCUAAACCAAAAAAAACAUACCUCACAAUUACACCGGGCGCAGGAGUCGCGAAUAUCGAAUAUCGAUGAAAUGGAACUCCCGUUGGGACUCCGUGAGAGCUGGUUCACCCCCAUCAGGAGCCCCUGGUGUGAGAUCGGACCGGCGAGCGAUCGGACUGGCGUGAAGGUUUUGCAGAGCAAACUUCCCCGGUUCUCCCAGUGAAAUGGCCGCCCCUUCAGUUUGUGUCGGCCGUGGCCGGGGAAAUGGUUUCAUUUUAAACGUUAGUUCUAGGUUUUUCCAGUUUCUUGGAGUAGAUCUCAAAGGAGAGUGUCAUUACCUGGCCAGUGGUGCAGUUUCUCCUAGAGUCUUAAACUGUUUUCUAAAACAAACACCUGAUUAAAAGUUUAUAAGGAUGCUGCGAUGCAGUAAGUGUUUCUCUCCUUAGCACAAGUUUUUAUUUGUGUUGGUUUUGGUUGGUCUUAGGAAAAUGUGGGAAAUCAAACUGCCAAGCUCACCGCUGACCUCUAAACCAGCUCUUAAUAACGUGCCAUUGCAGGUUUGGCAGUGACACUGCACCAAGUAGCAAAGUAUGCCAACGUGACAUCCAACUGUGCCUAAAACUAAAGAAUUGUAUUGAACCUCUCUAUUUUAUUGUAAUGCUCAUUGUAUCUGAAAUUGCUUUAAAAAUAGGAGUAAAAACUGUUGCCAGAUUGUUUGGAUUUUUUGAAAGCAAUAAUGUUUGGAUAUAUUUUUAUAUUUUCUGUACAACAAGCAGACACAAAAAAGAUUUUGUAAAUAUUCUUAAUCUGGGUUUUCUAAAGAAAAUUGUAUUUGGUUGUACUGCAGAGAGAGAGAGAUAUAUAAUGUCCUGUAGAAUCACUUGUCUUGUAAAUCUUUUUUUGAACUAAUUUUGGUUUGGGUUUUAAGAAUAAAUAUUUAAAUUGUGAGUUUAUGGAA